CGUGACCGUGUACGUACGGUGUGAAACGUCAUUAUUUUACGGAUGUUUUGCCUCGCGCCGAUUUCCAGUUUCAUUUCUGUGCACGAAGUAUAAGAUAUACACGCGAUUUUAAUAUAAUUGUUAUUAUUUUUGUGCGAUGUUCCGAUUAUUGCUUGUUGUUGUGGUGUUUGCGUUGUCAGGUACAUGUGAAAUUCUCGGCCGACGUCGGGCUGUCCCCGUGAUAUAUGUACGAGGAUCUCACUAUGAAGUCGGAUAUGAUGUGGGGCGAACCUUUUCAUCGCUCAUCAAGGAUUUCAUAGCUACUUACGCUAAUCUCCGAGACUUCGAGAAGGAAUACAAGACGGAGCCAGGCAAGCAAGCGUAUGAGAAAACACUGGCCAAUAUGAAGGAACGGUAUCCUUAUUAUGUGAAAGAAAUGCAGGGAAUUGCUGAUGGUGCUAAAGUGCCCUUCCAACAGCUAUUCCUCCUGCAGUUAGACGACAUUAUUGGAACAAUCAAUGACAACCACAUCCCAAGAAACGAUACUGGUGGAUGCAGCUCCAUUGGAAUAGUAAAGAGUGCCAACGAAGCUGUUUUAGCGCAUACCGAAGAUGCUUUCAGUGAGACCCUGAAUCACUUCUACAUCAUGUCAGCCCAUAUCAUCCCAACUCAAGAAGAUAGAGAUCUCGGUGCCAUGGAAGAGAAAUUCGCAUCCCUAUGCUACGCCGGCCACAUGCCCGGCUACACGAUGGGAUUCAAUGAAAACGGUCUAGUCUUCUCCAUCAACACUCUAAGCCCUAUGAUCUUGAAACCUGGAAAUACUCCAAGGACAUUCAUCACGCGAGCUCUCCUGACUGCAAAGAACUUCGAAGACGCCAAAAAGAUCCUCACUGACGAAGGCCUGGGUGCCGGCAACGGUUGCUCCGUCAACAUGAUAUGGACAGACGAAAACGGGGAACGAAGCCUGUAUAACGUGGAGAUGGCCCCAGAUCUAACAUCGGACAGGUCCCUGCUUAAUAUCAAGAAGUUUGAAAACGAUGUACUGAUCCAUACCAAUAAGUAUUUACGUCUCCAACUAAAAGAAGUAGAAGGCCCCAUUAUAGACAGCAGCAACGCUCGCCUCGACGCCAUUUUCAAACAUCCUACACCAAAGACACGAGAGGACCUGCAAGACAUAUUGUCGGACACUUCAAGACAGGACUUCCAAGUAUUCCAGGAACAGGAUGACUCGAUUAUUAAAACUAUCGCCGCUGGUGUAUUUGAUCUCAAAGAAAAGACAUGGAACAUUUACAUCAACAAACCCAACGCAUCGGAACCAGUCGCUAUCCUACCAAUUCGAUUCUCUAAUUUAGGAAAAUAGAU